CGCAGACACCCUUCUGUCAUUUUUACCGGAUAUUUCGCCCGCCACCCGCCGGCCGCCAUCCAAAUCCAUCCUUAGGAAAGACGCGCAGGUCCCGCCGUUUUCUAUAUUCAGUACGCUUAGCGGUUGAAAUAAGUGCUUCUUCAUUAUAAAUUAAGAAUACAAUGGCACCUAGGACUGCAAAAUCCAAGAAAACAGCAAGCACAAAAAUUGCAGAAAAUGAGGUCCCUAAAAAAGGAAGAGGAAAAACAAAAACUGUUGAAGAGCCAGAAACUGAAGCUGUAGAAAAUGCAGUGGGUGAUGCUCCUGUCUUAGAUAAGAAAACAAAACGCACCAAAAAGGGUGAGACUAACGGACAAGAGGAAACAAAUGGUGUGUCUGAGGACAAAGCCCCUCCAGCCAAAAAGGGCAGAAAGAAGAAGGCUGACACUCCGGAAGAAAGUAAUGGUGUAGAUGCUGAUGAGGAUAAAACAUCUCACUCUAACAAUGGCACUGAAGCACUCACAGAGAGUAAUGGGCAAGCUGAAGAAGUGCCCGCAUCUGGGGGAAAGGGAAAAAAGAAGCCUGCAAAAAAGGAGGUGGCUACCAAACCCAAAGCAGAACCAAAAUCAGCAAAAGGUAAAAAAGAUACAAAGCAAGAGAUUGAAAGUGAAGAUAAAGAAGAAGGAAGUGAAGAUCUAGUCAAGCCCGCGGCAAAAAGCAGAGGCCGCAAAGGUGCACAAAAAUCACACAAAGAAUCUGAAUCACAGGAAAAGGGUGAACCAGAGGAUGAGGUCAAAGAGUCCCCCAAAAAAGAAGUAAGAAAGAGAGGACAGACAAAACCUGCUAAAGAAAACACUCCAGAAAGUGAGCAAGGUGAGCAGGAUGUUGAAGACAAACCUGCUGAGGAACCCAAGAAAAAAGAACCUAAAGGUAGAAAAAAUAAUGCAAAACAGGCAGCCAAAACAGAAGAUGAAGAUGAGGAGACUAAACCAGAACCUGCUCCUAAAAAAAGAAAAGUUGCAAAAAAAGAUGAAAAAGAUGACGUGAAAGACGAGGAGCCUGAAGAUGCAGUGGCCGAGGCAAAACCAGCAAAGGGCAAGCGCGGGCAGAAGAAGGAGGCCUCCGCCGAGGCCGACGAUGGCGCCGAGGCCGGCGACACGGCCAACAAACGCCGCCGCAAGGCUGCUGACGAAAAGGUAUCUUCCGAAGACAAAAAAAGUAAAGCACCACUCAAAAACAAAGCUUCAACCAAUUACGAGGCUAUAGAUUUUACGAAUUCCUCAAAGACCGCACAAGGUAAAGAGUGGAAUCUAAAAAUAUCCAGCUGGAACGUCGACGGGAUACGAGCAUGGAUGAAUAAAGGGGGUCUCGACUACAUAAAAUACGAGAAGCCCGAUAUACUGUGUUUGCAAGAGACUAAGUGUGCCAAAGACAAGCUCCCAGAUGAGAUAGCCAACUUGCCUGGAUACCACGCCUAUUGGCUGGGGAGUGAUACGGAAGGUUACGCGGGGGUGGGGAUCUACACGACGAAGCUGGCUAUAAGCGUCCAAUACGGACUGGGCAAUGAAGAACUGGACGCCGACGGGCGCAUGAUCACAGCCGAGUACGAGCAGUUCUACCUCAUCUGCACGUACGUGCCCAACGCGGGCCGGAAAUUGGUCACCUUACCCAAGAGACUGCAGUGGAACGAGGAGUUCCUCAAGUAUGUUAAGGGGCUCAAUGAGAAAAAACCUGUGAUAAUUUGCGGUGACAUGAACGUCGCACACAAUGAAAUUGAUCUCGCGAAUCCCAAGGCAAACAAGAAGAAUGCCGGUUUCACGCCGGAGGAGCGCGCCGGCAUGACCAACCUGCUCGGCGAGGGGUUCGUCGACUCCUACCGCCACCUGCGGCCCGACGACACCGGCGCGUACACCUUCUGGACUUAUAUGUCUAAUGCCAGGGCGAAGAAUGUUGGAUGGCGAUUGGACUACUUCUUGCUAUCGGAAAGGCUGGUGCCAUCUCUGUGCGACAGCGUCAUACGGAGCCAAAUGUACGGCAGCGACCACUGCCCCAUCACUCUCUUUCUGCACAUGACCAGUGCUGACAAACCUAAAGAAUAAAAACUCCCGAUAUUAAGUGGGUGAAUCAACUUUCUUUGUUGUUUUCAAUGACUGUGCUACACUAUAGUUUGUUGAAUUCUACUAAUAAGCUAAGUAGAUGUCUGGAAAGAGCUAAGAAGUGCCAUAAUUAUGUACGUUUAGUCAUUUUCACUCAUGAAACUAGGAGUUUAAAGGUGACCCAAAAGAACUAAAACAAGUUGAUUCAGCCAAGUCAUGUAUCUUAUUUUUUGAAAUUUUUGUUUUUUUUUUGGUUGGUUUUUUGUUAUGUACCUAACUAAAGGAUGUUUGGACAAAAUAAAAUGUUUCGAUAUGAUUAA